AUGAAGGCACACGCCUCCCCAUCCCGGCCACCAUUGUCGUCACAAAGGACAGGAAGGUCAUCUACUCCUUCGCCAACAUCGACUACUCCAAGCGCGCAGAGCCUGCCGAUAUCGUCGCCGCCGUCAAGGCCACCAAAGCAUAGGUUCCUGCAUCCACGGGUAGGAAACGCGGCCCCCACAUCCGCAGUUUUGAGCGUUGGUCACGCCACCGAGUUUUGCGCACCGCAAGCGUCAGUCGCAGGCUGCGCUCGUUGCGGGCCGCCAUCGCUGGCCGAAGUCGGCUGGGUCUGUGGGAAACGGCGUCUGUGUCUGUGUGCGGGGCUCGCCCUUCCGGUCGCAUGGUUUGUUGGCGGCUCGUGCUGGAAUGCAUUGCCAGGUCGCGGGGAGAUGUCUUUCGCCCGCUGCUCGGCUGAUGCCGGCUGGGCUUGCGGUCCCCCAUGUUGUGUGCUAGGCUUACGGUCGCGAGCUGCAGUUCUGUGGCAGUGAACGGCUUCCGCCGGAGUUGAUGCCCCGCCUGUAUAAAUGUGCCAGCCAUUGCCAGCCGUUUCGUACACGCGCCGCGCCUGCCUCAUUGUUCGUUUCUUCGUGACGGAACUAGGUGUAGCCGUUUGAACGUACGCGCAUAUUGAAAUAAAAUCGCCCGUGUUAUGUG